CUACUUUUAGUUAGUGACACGCCUUUUGCUAUUCUGGGUGUGGUUUUUUGUUGUAAGUCUAUUGUGAUAAUGUUCUUUGUUUCAUCAAAUAUUAAACUAAGUAACAAACAAUAAAAGAACUAAAAUACAUUUCAAAUAGAUUGGCAUACUAUUGCCACUACACGGUAAACUAGUCAUAGUGCAAGUACAUACCAAUAGAACCUCGCAGCUCUAAGCUCCUCUAACGUGCAAAUAUAUGAGGGGCAAAUCCAUACUUUGUUUACCUUCAAGCACCACCGCAGCUUUAACUUUUGUGUGAUUUGUAAAACUUCCAAAGAUAUAUCGAUAGGUGUGUGGUGGAGCAUAUGAAAAUUUGCAACCAGACGCCGAAGAACAUGCGAUGUAACGUGAAGAGCUGGCCCGCUACGUGUGUGAUCAAUAUCAUUCGGAACGACGUUGAUAGCUCGAGUAGUAGCGAUUGGAACCAUUGCAACCUGUCAACCCCGGACAACUACCCGGCGGAAGUGCAGUGAAUCUACGGCCUUGACACAAAUUCGCGAACUACGUCUGCCGUUUGUGUGUUCGUGUGUGUGUUUCUAGAGCGCAGGAAACGGACACGACGCACGUCAUGGGUCUCUUCGACAAGCUCGCCAACAUAUUGAAGAUCAAGAAGGAGCAAAUCAACAUUCUGGUGGUCGGAUUGAACAACAGUGGCAAAUCAACCAUUGUUAACCAUUUCAAAAAUCCGGAUGAACGAAGCUCUAUCAUCGUACCAACGGUCGGAUUUAGCGUGGAACGAUUCCAAAAUCAAGGAGUUUUCUUCACCGCCUUUGACAUGUCCGGAGCAACUCGGUACCGAAGCCUCUGGGAGCAUCACUUCAAAUCGUGCCAGGGAAUCGUGUUCGUAAUCGAUUCCAGCGAUCGAAUGCGACUAGUGGUCGUGAAAGACGAACUCGAAAUUCUGCUGCAGCAUCCAGAUAUCGCCAACCGGCGGGUACCGAUACUGUUUUUCGCCAACAAGAUGGAUUGUUCCGAUGCGCUGAGCAGCGUAAAGAUCGCCGCCGGCCUCGGACUAGAGAAGAUCAAGGACAAACCGUGGCACAUCAGUUCGAGUAAUGCGCUAACCGGCGAGGGUCUGCAGGAUGGCGUCCAGUGGAUGGUACACCAGAUCAGGGAGUGUGUCGCUAGCUCUAAGAACAGUAACUAAGCACGCAAAGAAGAGUCUGUAAUCUAGGUUAAGCAGCUGUACUAAUAUACGUUUCCUGGCAAGCGCCUUCGUUUAUUGAAUAUUUCAUAGAUGCGCAUUUAUGCGCUAUUUAAGCAAGUUCUUCAAUAACAUACAUGGAUUCACCC